AUGAUGUUUUUGUUUUUAUUUCGAACUUUAAUUGAAUUUAUUAAAGUUCCUUGUGAUUUCUAACAAUGAGAAUUAAUCGUUAUUAUAUUCUAAAAUGUAUAGACUAUAGCUUCCAAACCGUAUAUCGUAGGAGAUAUCACGGUGUCCCAUUUUUAGAUUUUUACGAACAAACUACUGGGCGCAGUGUGACAAAAGCCUGGCUCCCACAAUUGAAGAAAAAACAUCCACACAUUGAUCAACUUAGCUAUGACCAAUUACAAGUUUCUUUACAAAUAUUGCAAAAAUUUUGCAUAGGUGCCUUAGACGCUUGUUAUAAUCCACAUGUAUUUGUAAUGAAUCCUAUAACUAUGGAUAAUUAUGGAUCAAUAUUAUAUGAAUGUGGAUUUAUCAAUAUUUUACCUAAAUACAUCAUCAAGUACCAUACACUUGUGAAAUCUCGAACUAUAAGUCAGCUCAAGAAAGAAGGUCUGCUAAAUGGUGAUAUUAUAUUAGAACAACACCUACAAGAGUGCUUUAAGGAUUGGCCGGAUGUUUGUAAAUCAUUACUGCAUUUCCGGGACACUGAUACAUCUAUUUUAACAGUCCGCAUGAGUGUUCUGGAGAGGUACUUGACAUGGAAGCUGUCUAUAACCAAUGAAGAAUUCCAAAAAUAUUGUAAAAAUUACUUGCCAUUAAAACACAAACCUAUGGCUGAUAUACAGGAAGCACUGGAAUUAGCUGAGAAUGAAAUCAGAUUUGAUACAGAUGAGAUAAGGAGAAACGGUUUUAUUAUAUCAUCUGACCCAAUCAAUACUAAACUUAUUAUUGAAAAUGUACCUUCAUUGGCUGGAUUCGAUAUUAGAGAUGCUAUAAAAAUUGAACCAGCCAUAUUGAAAAAUAAUUAUAAUGCUCUUUUAAAAAUAAGAAAUUUGUUAGAGGAAUACCGGAUUUCUGAAGAAGCCCAAAGACAUUGUUUAAAAGUAUACUGCAUGCGGCCAUCUACAGUGCAAAAAAGAUUGGAUGAAUUAGGAAAUAUGAAAGAAUAUCAAAUAUUACACACAAAUCCUAGGGUAUUGUCCAUGGUGGUCCAUAAGAACAAAAUGGUGCAACGACUAUCGAAGAUUGAAAUAGCUAAGAAACAAUGUUACAGUCUCAACCACCUUGUGUCAUCAAGUAAAGUAUUUAAUGAUUAUAUUACAAGUUUCGGUAACAAAGUAUGCGGACGAGAUAUAUCCAUCCUCAUAUGCACUUCUCUAAAAAUAACUAAUGAUGAUGAUAAAAAACUAGCCAAAUCAAUUAUCCAAAAUGUCCACUCUAAGCUAAGGAGACACAAGUACUAUCUUUAUUCAAGUCUGCACGUCAUAGCCGAAACCAUUGAAUAUCUGAAAAAGAGCUUUGAUGACAAAACAAUAUUAGAUAAUUGCCAUUUACUACUGUAUCCCAUUUGUGAAAUAGAACUAUAUUUAGAAACUUUUCUGAAACUGCGAAACGAGGGCCGCUCCGCAUUCCAGUCAGCCCACAUGGACGCCAGUUACAAUAACAUAAAGUACUGGGCUCUGACUGAUGAACACAUACUCAGUUUGGUGCUGUAUGAAAUUGAGAAGAAGUACCACUUCAGCGGCGAUGGCAUCUGGGCCAGGCAAGAUGGAGUCAAAUUGGAUUCUAAAGUAGCUAGUUGAUGUAAAGUUUUAGUACCUAGUUAGAUUUGCUCCAUUCCUUAUACUGACAAAAAAUGCCUCAAACAGCUUUUAUUUGUAUUAUAUAUGCCUUGUCUAUUUUAAGAAUACGACGUAAUUUAAAAAAUAUAUGCAUUGUAUGAAAAGUAUCCAAAGUUUUUGAAAUUAAUAUAAUGGGUUUUAUAAAUUAAGUAGGCAUAUACAAUAUUUUAAAUAAAACACUCAAAUAAGCA